ACUCUCAAUAUCGUGACACCGCGUGUUCGGCCCGAAGAUUGCAGCAUCGGUCUUUUGCCAAGGAACCAUGACAAGAACCGCUGCAUGGAUGUGUUGCCCCUGGACCGGUGCCUGCCUUUCCUCAUCUCAGUGGAUGGAGAAUCGAGUAACUACAUCAAUGCCGCGCUCAUGGAUAGCCACAAGCAACCUGCUGCCUUUAUUGUAACCCAACACCCUUUGCCCAACACCAUCGCAGACUUCUGGAGGCUGGUGUUUGAUUAUAACUGCUCCUCGGUCGUGAUGCUGAACGAGAUGGACGCAGCACAGCUCUGCAUGCAGUACUGGCCAGAGAAGACAUCGUGUUGUUAUGGCCCAAUUCAAGUAGAGUUUGUUUCGGCAGACAUUGAUGAAGACAUCAUCAACCGGAUAUUCCGGAUCUGCAACAUGGCCAGGCCUCAGGAUGGAUAUCGCAUAGUCCAGCACCUGCAGUACAUUGGCUGGCCGGCGUACAGGGACACCCCUCCUUCCAAACGCUCCCUCCUCAAGGUGGUCAGAAGGUUGGAGAAGUGGCAGGAACAGUACGAUGGGAGAGAUGGACGGACUGUUGUCCACUGCCUGAAUGGUGGAGGACGCAGCGGCACCUUCUGCGCCAUCUGCAGCGUGUGCGAAAUGAUUCAACAGCAAAACAUCAUUGAUGUGUUCCACAUAGUAAAAACAUUACGGAAUAACAAAUCCAACAUGGUGGAGUCACUGGAACAGUAUAAAUUUGUAUACGAGGUUGCACUGGAAUACUUGAGUUCCUUUUAGCCCAGCGGAGGGAGGGGAGCCUCUGAAGUGCCAGAUCCUGGUCUCUGGCAGACACUUCUCCCCUCUCCCACACUGGAAGGCAGUGACAAGUGUGGGAAGGAAAACUUCUCCUCCCCGGAGCAAGAGACUGAGACUGAGAUUGCACAGACCUCGCUGGAAGGAGUAGACGAUGCCUGUUUUUGCUGCUGCCUGCUUUCUAUCAGAACAUCUACUGCUUCUUAAAUAACCUACUGUAAAAAUUAGCAAAAUGGGAGACGGGCUGAAAGACUGGACUCUGUAAUCCCCUCUGACUCCUUCUUUUCUCUUUUGGAUUGUAUUUUUGCUGUCCUUGCUGCAGAGUGGGGAAGGAAUGAAACCCUUAGGAAACGCUCUUCUAAAUGUCUCCUUUUUAAUUUAUAAUUUUGUUCUCAAAUCCCAGUCUUUAAUUUUUUAAUUUCAUGCAGCAGUCAUUUGGGAAAAAUGAGAUAGCCAUAGGGGAUAUAUGAAAUGCUUCGUUACAAUUUGCCUACCUUAUCUGUUUCCUUUUAUUUGUUUUUCCAAAUGAAAAG